AAAGCACAGAGUUAUAAUUAUUUUUACAAUUUUAAAUUCGCCUUUGUGCAUGUUUCUUGCUGCACUUCUGACCUUCGUCAACUAUAAUAAUACAGGUCGAUCUACCUGGACAGUACUACCCUGCUUUCGAAGACAAAGUAAUACUGUAAUCUUAUAAUCAAUAAAACAAUAUAAUUUCCUUAAUGAAGAUUUAUAUAACAAUCUCACGUCUGCGGUACAAUCAGUUGUAUAAACCUGAUGAGUGUUGUUACUUCUAAGGCACGGAAAAAGUUGUUGAAGUAGCCGCAAAGAUGAACUGUUCCGUGGAACCUGUCGAGGGUAUGGACUCUGAUAUAUUCGCUAGCACAACAGGGGCGACGAUUUUUACGGUUUACUUCUUCUUUAUGUGCAUCUGCUCCAUCAUUGAAAAUACUAUCAUCCUGGUGACGAUAAUUCUUGUGAAACGACUGCACAAACGUCGACAUAUACUCAUCUUCAACUUAGCUCUGACGGACCUAAUGGCUGGCUUUAUUUAUCCCUGUAGUGUCAUUUACAACAAAAAUUAUACUGAAAGCAUGAGCUUUAUUGUCGGCAUUUCGUCCGUCUUCACCAUCUUUGCAAUCGCCACCGAACGCUUCCUGAAGAUUGUUGUAUUUACGAAAAGUAGAAACGCACACAUUGGCACUACACGUCAACUUGUGGGAGUGUCGGCUGCUGCGUGGAUGAUACCGUUUGUUAUACUGUUGCCUAUUAUUAUAUAUGACUAUAAUCUACAUCUCCUUGUUUUCCUCAUUUUUGAACCAGUGUGUAUUUUUGUGGUAAUGGCUGGUAUAUCUGUAUUGUACCUUGCAAUAUAUGUUAAGAUACGCUCCCAUGAAAAACGAAUGUCUACUAAUUUAAACCGAAGCGAAAACUAUAAUCUUACUAAGCUUGUCCUAAAGGCUUACGUUGUGUUAGUUGCAGUUUAUGCUGUUUGUUGGUUGCCAUGGGCUAUAGAAUGUAUCCGAAUUACAUACACAACGUUUUUUAAAAUUGAUGAAGAAGAGAGUACUUGCAUUGGCUCAACUACUUUGCUUUUCUAUAUUGGUGUUGGUAUGUCAUUACUGAAUUCCGCCUUAAACCCAAUUAUAUAUUGGCUUAGGUUACCGGAUUUUCGCGAAGGGAUUUCGGAAUUGUUCGAGUGUUGUAAAAAAGGGUAUAGGCCUAUCUGUUGCUUUAAAAGAGCACCAGUCGUUGAGAAUUCAGGUUCUCAAAAUACAACCUCAUCGAACUUAACAAGAUAAGUAAUACAUGGGACGGUUACCUUCUAAAAUAAUAGAAAAACAUAAUACGUACCGGUACAUAAAAACAUAUGCAUAAGUUGGUGUGCUGUAUGUAAAAAGUCUGUUGUAGAGACAUUUUGAGUUCUUCUUAAAAUAUUUAUGAUAUUGACUUUUACUGAGAAAAUUCAGAAUAUAUUUAGGCCUAUCAUGAAAUUCAUUGCAUUUUUUUCUCUCUCAUAGGCCUAUAACGAAUUUG